AUGAAUUACGUUGGGCAGUUGGCGGGCCAGGUGUUUGUUACGGUGAAGGAACUCUACAAGGGGCUGAAUCCUGCUACACUGUCUGGAUGCAUUGAUAUCAUUGUUGUUCGCCAACCCAAUGGGAACCUUCAGUGCUCCCCUUUCCAUGUCCGCUUUGGGAAGAUGGGGGUGCUACGCUCCCGAGAGAAAGUGGUUGAUAUAGAAAUUAAUGGAGAGUCUGUGGAUUUGCACAUGAAAUUGGGAGAUAAUGGAGAAGCAUUUUUUGUUCAAGAGACUGAUAAUGAUCAGGAAGUGAUCCCCACGUACCUAGCCACUUCACCUAUCUUGUCAGAAGGAGCCUCACGAAUGGAAAGCCAGCUGAAAAGGAACUCUGUAGAUCGAAUAAGAUGCUUGGACCUCAAUGUGCCACCCCCAGUUUCACCUCCAAAUGAGACCCCUUCAAGUGGCUCUCUAGUAAAAAAGAGAAGAAAAAGAAGGAGAAAGUCACAACUGGACAGCCUAAAAAGAGAUGACAAUGUGAACACGUCUGAAGAUGAAGACAUGUUUCCCAUAGAGAUGAGCUCUGAUGAGGAUAAAGAGCCACUGGACAGCAGUAGAACUCUUCCUAGUGAUAUACCUCCAUUCCAAGAUGAUGCUCCUAAGGAAAAUCUUUCCCCAGCCUCAACUUACACUCAAUCAGCAUCCUACCCUAAUUCAGACAGAGAGUGGUCCCCUAACCCAAGUAGCCUGGUAGAUUACAAAAGGACCCUCCCUCAUCUUGCUGUUGCUCCUGAGGGUGGCCUUUCUAGCUCUUGCCCUCCACAGUCUUCCCACUUCCAUACUUCGGAAAGUCCUUCAGGUUCCCGGCCUUCAACACCCAAAAGUGAUUCCGAACUGGUCAGUAAGUCCGUGGAUAGAACAAUGCAGAAGAAUAACCCAGAAAUGCUCUGGCUUUGGGGAGAAUUGCCACAAGCUGCAAAGUCGUCUCUACACAAGAUGAAAGAAUCCAGCCCAUUGAUCAAUAGAAAAAUGUCUGAUAAAAUGCACUUUCAGGCCAUUCAGAGUGAAUCUUCAGAAACUUUUAGUGACCAGUCCCCAACAUUGACUGGAGGUCCUUCUGAACAGCCACUUUUAGACCAGAACAAGCCUCAGACUGAAAUGCAGUUUGUGAAUGAAGAAGAUGUUGAGGCCUUGGGAGCAGCAGCUGCACCUUUAUCUACAAGUGAAGAACACAAACCCUCCUCUGCCAUUUUAACCCAGACAGCAAACAAGAUGGACUCCCCUUCUAGGAAAAAAGAUAAGCGAAGCAGACAUCUUGGUGCUGAUGGUGUCUAUUUGGAUGACCUCACAGAUAUGGAUCCUGAAGUGGCUGCCCUGUAUUUUCCCAAGAAGUAA